AUGGUUCAGUUCCUCCAUAGGGAAUGCGGUGCGGACGUGAACUUCGUCUCCAAAGGCUUCAUGGGCAAUGCUUUGCAGGCCGCAUGCUCCGACAAGAAGGGCGUGCGUCAAACCGAAACUGACAAGAUUCUCAAGUAUCUCGUGGUAAAGGCCGGGGCAAAUGUCGAUCAAAAGUGCGGAUUCUUCGGCACUGCGCUCAACCUGGCUUGUCUGCUGCCAGCGAAUAGCACCUGGUCGACUCUCUCAAACAAUCUCAAUGCGAACCCAACUAUUGCCGACCAGAUGGGUCGUUUGCCGAUUCACUUCGCAGCUGUUCACUCAAUUAUGAGGUACCAGGGCAUUUUACAGCGCCUUUCCGAAAAGGGAGGGGACCAUUUGAAUUCGGCGGAUAAAACCGGUCGCACUGUUCUACACUGGGCAGCUCAAAGCGGAGAUGUUAAAACCGUCCAAAACAUUCUCUCAUCUGGCAAAGUCGAUGUCAAUCAAGCCGACAAGGAUGGCUGGACGGCACUGUGCUGGGCCGCUAGAGGUCUAACCUCGAAAGCAAAGUUUGCUCAGAAGGAUUCUCAACACCAAGUAGAGGUGAUCGAGCACCUCCUCAACAGCGGUGCUAAUGGCCGAGUGAACCUUGUCGAAGGCGAGUGA